CCCAAUCCAUGCAUCUGGGAAGUAGCUACUACACCUGCUAACGGCCCUAAACCCCGCCUAAAACAACCCUAAUAUCUCCCUUAUCUUAAACCUUUCCUUUCCUAUACAUAUACACACCGAAGGUCACCUGAUAUCGUGAGACCACGGGCAGUGCACCAACCCAGAUAAUUCGGCGGCGGACGAUUUUCCGAGGGCAGACCGCGGUUAGGCCGGAUCGGUUAAAGGGGGACUACACUACGUAGUGAAAUGCGAGUACAAAUACAAAUGCCCGGACCCCGAGCCCCAUGACAGAUCUGUCGCGGAUCCUGCCGGACUUCCCAAUCGGCCGGUACGCGAACCUGUUGCCCGCCAUCGAGAAGCACGGCCUGACCACCGCCGACCUGCUCACUCUUCAGGUCCCCGACAUCGGCAAGCGUACCCAGCUGCCGCUCCUCGAUAUCAAGCGUCUAUGUGCUGCUGUACUAGAGGCUCUACAUGUCGACCUCGGUGUUUCCGAGAAGCAGCAGCAGCAGCAGCAGAAGCCGGGGGAUGGUGCUAAUAAUAAUGACGGCGCGAAAGGGAGCCCUACCAGCGUCUUGAGACAGACCGGCUCCGAGCUGCUGGCUAAACCCUGGAAUUCCAUCAGCACUCUAGACGACGAUCUAGACCGCGCUCUUGGAGGCGGCAUCCCUACCGGGUACAUCACGGAAAUCACGGGCGAAAGCGGCGCCGGCAAGACGCAAUUCCUCCUAACCCUCCUCCUCGCCUGCCAGCUCCCACCGCCCCGCGGUCUCGGCCGUCCCGCAUUAUACAUCUCCACCGAAGCACCGCUCUCCACCCAGCGCCUGUCCCAAAUGCUAACCAACCACCCGUAUCUGCGCACCCUCUCCCCAGCCCAGCGCCCGACUCUCGACGGCAUCGUAGGCACCAUGACUCCGGACCUCGAAUCGCAAGACCACAUCCUGAGCUUCCAGGUCCCGGUCGAAGUAUCCCGGCGCAACGUCGGCCUCCUGGUCCUGGACUCCGUCGCGGCCAACUACCGCGCGGAAUUCGAGCGCGGAGCAGGCGGCGGCGCCAAAGGCGGCGCUAAUCUCGCCGCCCGCAGCCACGAGCUCGUGCGCUUGGGCCAGCAGCUGCAUGAUCUAGCGCGGAAACACGAUCUCGCCGUCGUGGUAGCGAACCAGGUCGCAGACCGCUUCGCAGGGUCUGCUAAGAGCAGCGCUCCGCUACCAUUUUCGCUGCCCCGCGUGUCGCAGGAGAGCCCGCUCGCAAGCCGAACCAAAGGAUGGCCCGCAACGCCGCUGCCGCUGCAGCUGUCCGGCCUGGAGCCCCCUAGCAGCGGCACCGCCGAGCUCCUGCGCUCCAGCAUGCCGGAACCGCCUCCCGAGGAGACCCCCGCUCCCCCCGCUCCCCCCGCCCUACUCCUCGACCACCAGCAACGGUGGUUCACCGGCUGGGGCGACGAGUACCCGUACCCGUUCGGCAGCAGCGGCGAUCGUAACCUAAAGACGCCCAGUCUAGGCCUGAUCUGGUCGACGCAGAUCGCCGUGCGGCUGGCGCUGUUCAAGAGGCCUGUUUACGGGCGGAAGGAAGUCCUCGACGACGACGAGGGGGAGAGCACGACCGUGUUGCGGAAUUGGCGCAGGUGGAUGAAAGUUGUCUUCGCACCGCAUGUGCCGGGGACGGGGCCGGGGUUAGAUGGAGCGGUGGAGUUUGAGGUUACGAUGGGGGGACUACGGGCUGUAGAUAGGAAAAAGAAGAAAGGGAAGGGGAAGGGGAAGGGGAAGCAGGCGGAUGGGGAGGAAGACGACGAAGACGAGAGAAUAGAGGCGUGAGAAUGGAUAUAUAGCCUAGGUUUAUGUAUAUCAUAUGGAUGAAUUCAGAGACUCUUGGCAUAUAUAAACCCUACUACUACUACUGUAAAUAAGCAAAAAGCAUACCAUUUCGAAUAAUAAGAGCCAUAUAACUAUAUCCUCAAUUACGUUCCUAUUGCAAGUUUCCCCCCAGAAUCUUCGGCUCGACUCUUACGAGCGAACAUCGUACAAAUUCACUAGA